AUGGAGCAGUUCGAGCUUGACAUUACUUCUGGGAAGUGUAAAUUGAAGCUCGAAGACGCUAAGAGAUUGUUCCGCACCAUUGCCUUGGGUCUUGAGGAGAAAAAUGUAAAGAGAAGUUCUUUCUGAAGAGUUUAAAGGCGCAGAGGGACUUAAAUUUUUACGGUAAAUAGUUAAUCGCGUCUAGGCCUUUAUAAAGAUUGCUCUUGCACCUUUGAACAUUUCAAAAUGGAUUGUUGAGCUGACCUUUCUCGAUAAAUAAAUCAGCUUGACGAGUUCCUCGAAUGGGCGGCAACUUCAGCAGAUCCGAAGCUUUUAAAAGAUUCGGCAGCAGCGACAGUCGCAAAAAAGAAACAUAACUCACAGAGGAAAAAAUUGGUUCAAAUUGCGAAAUACAUGAAGGAACAGGUUUGAACUUAUAAUUCAAGACGAAGAAUGAAUAUUUUCCAUUCAUAGCGCCUUUGCGAAGCCAAUGAGACCGAGGAAUCCGAUUCCUGGAAAUGGCCCGAAACUGGAUUCGACAGUGAUUGUAAGCCGAGUACCACUGUGAGGAAAAAAAUCAGAAUUUAAUCGAUUUUUUUCUUAUUUUUAAGGUUCACAUCAACUCUUUUUUUGUACACCGAUGAAGACAUUGACGGUUUGGUCGAGAAGGGAGAAUUUAGUAGGUAGAAAUUCAUUUUUCAAUUUUCCUUUCAUUUUCGUAGGGUAAUAAACGGCAUGAAGUUUUAUAAUAUUUUUUUCUUUUUCGUUUAUGUCUUCGUUCUGACCUUUUUACUCCUCUGAAUGUCAUCAAAAUGUCUUUUUGAAUCAGUUUAUGUCUUCAAAAAGCUCAUUUUCAGAACUUAUUGCUCGGCCUGUGGCUCCAGAAAGACCCAACCUCUUCAAAUUAUCAGCCACAGCUUGAAUAGAAAUGAAGUUAUAUUUAUAUUUCAUGUGACAGUUCAUAAAACUUUCGAAAUUUCAGAUCGAAUUCAUUUUCACCAAGCUGAUGCCGUCGGAUGUUUCCCAGGUUUUGAUGAUUACAAAAAAAAUUUUUUCAACAAAAAUAAUUUUUUUGCUUUCAAGGUCUUGGAUAUCGGAUCGAGAACUGGAGCUGUUCUUUUUGGCGCCUCGAUUUUCAGCGAGGGAAAAGUCCGCGGAUUAGGCGUUGAAAUCAACGAGGGAAUGGUGAAAAAUUGCCAAAGACACGGCGGCAAAAUUCAAUUUGCAAGUAAAUUUUUGAAAAAGAAAUGUUUUUUUCUUAAUUUGUGAAAUUUUUCUCUCGUUAUUUGUUAAAAAAACGUUCAGUGUUGAGCUAUUUCUCAGCUGAGCCUGUUCUUUUUUUGAAAUUUAGAAAAAAAUUUCGUCUAGAAAUUAUAAAAACAACAUUUUUUUCUCAUUACAUUUUUAGCUGUUUUUUUAGUCUUUUUUUCUUUUUUUCCCGUUUCUAAUCUUUUUGAAUAUUUUUCCGCCUUAAAUAACCUUUCUGUUCAAACAAAGCUGAAAAACAGCUUUUUCAGCCUCGAAAAAUUCUAUGAAAAUUUCAAGUUUGCGCCUUUAAGAACCCUUACGAAGAUUAUAAAAUUAAUUAUUCUUCAAAAAGAUGAACCUCGUAAAUUCUUUUUUUUUCUGAUAACAUCAUUUUUCAAGUUUCUAAUCAAACUCAUCUGUUCAGAAUGUUGA